CAACGGCACACCGUAAGAACCAGACGAUGUCACCUCCCUAUCUCUCUCUCUCAUAUGAAAACCACUCACCUUGCCGACACGCCUAGUUUCAUCUCCUUUGACAUUUUCUACUAGAUGGAAGCUCUGUGGUCAUGGAAACGCUAAUGUCUCACAAUCCAUCUCACAGAAGUUCUCUGUGCAGCUUCCACUACCUCAGAAGAGACUCAAUUAUCUCUCAUUUUCUCCUCAUUUCCACAUCCAUCUUCUUGGUCAUCUUGUCCUGCCUUGUCUUCCUCGAUGCGUUCGGUGUCUUCCAGCUACACCCUCUCCUCCGUCUCGGAUACCUAUCUUUCAGCUCAAUGCCGAAGCAAUCUGCAGUAGUUGAGGAAGGUUGUGAUUACUCCAAUGGGAGAUGGGUCUACGAUGAGGACUACCAGGGGCUCCAUUAUAAAGAGGAUUGCCCAUUUCUUGAUCCUGGAUUCAGGUGCCAACAAAAUGGAAGGAAGGACUUGGAUUAUCAAAAAUGGAGAUGGCAGCCGUUUGGAUGUGACCUCCCAAAAUUCAAUGCCAGAGAUUUGCUAGAGAGAAGCAGAAACGGCCGAUUCGUGUUUGCAGGCGAUUCCAUCGGCAGAAACCAAUGGGAGUCCUUGAUCUGCAUGCUCUCACAGGCAGUUUCAAACAGCUCAGCCAUAUAUGAAAUAAAUGGAAAUCCGAUAACUAAACAUAAGGGUUAUCUGGCCAUCAAGUUUGAAGAAUUCAAUUGCAGCAUAGAGUACUACAGGGACCCCUAUCUGGUGGCCGUAGGCCGCCCUCCGAAGAAUUCUUCAGAAGACAUUCAGAGAGCUGUUAGAGUUGAUCAUCUUCACUGGUUUUCCACAAAAUGGAGAAAUUCAGAUGUUCUAGUUUUUAAUGCUGGGCAUUGGUGGACUGCUGACAAAACAAAAAACCAAGGUACUUUUUUCCAGGAAGGAGGAGCAGUUAACAUGACGAUGGAUACAAAGUCUGCAUUCAAGAAGUCAUUACAGACUUGGAAGCACUGGGUUUUUCAAAAAGUAGACAUACAAAAGAGUUACGUUUUCUUCCGGAGCUAUUCCUCAGUCCACUUCAAUGGGACAUGGAAUGAAGGAGGGACCUGCCACGACAACAGACAACCUCAAACAAACUCCACAAGACUCGAAGCAGAGCCAUGGCAUAAUGAGAUAAUCCAUGAUACCAUCAAGCAGAUGAAGCACGUUAGUGAAAAUGUCAUAUUUCUAAACAUAACAUACUUGACAGAGUUCAGGAAUGAUGGGCAUCCUUCACUUCACCGUGAACCAGGGACGCCGGAACCAAUUAUCGAAGAUUGCAGCCACUGGUGCUUACCGGGAGUGCCGGACGCAUGGAAUGAAAUUCUCUAUGCCCAUUUGCUGUCUAGCGGCUACAGAAUCAGAAGACAACGUGAUGAAGGAAGAUUAAAUGUUUAGAUGGUAUACCGAAAAUGUUGUGUGUAUUUCAUAGUGUGUAUACACCGCCGCCGACCAGUUCACUUGUUCUUAAUUUUCGAGAGCCCCAUAACGGGAAUGUCGCAGGUCAGGUCCAUCAAUGCUUCCCCCAAACAAGGAUAAAGAAUAGCAAAAUCAAUGGUUCCCCCAAGCAACCAAGUUGGAAAGGCGAGGUCUGCGAACUGCGCAAGAAAACCAUGGAUGGUCAGAAUUUCACCAAUAUGAGAGGUCGAAGGACAUCCCAAAAUCAAUCCAAAAUGUAUAAUUCUGAUAAUUAAAAGCAAUUCAGAAGACAGCUCUGUUCAUAAGGGCAUUAUAUCGUUGCUACCCAAUAGGAGGACCAAUGUUGUUCAAAUCGGCUGAUUGAUGCUAAAUUUGUGGCAAAUGAAUUUGAUUUUUCAAUGAAAUCAAGAGUGCCAUGUGUCAAGUAAUUUUAAAGUUUUAAUUAUUUUUAUUGUUGUU